UUUGACCUUGAUUUUUCUUUCUAAACUCCAUAUCAAAUCUUAAAACAGGUACUCAAUUGACGUAUAAUACAUAAAUUGUCAACUUGACAGAAGUUAAUUCAGUGGUUGUUCAAAAGUCAGCGUAUAGGUUAAGCCCAAACGAGCAAUAUGUUAAGUGCGUGUUAUUUUACUAUAAAUAGGGGUAUUUUGAGUGUUGUUAAUCAAGCAGGAACGUCACAUUAUAGAAGAGAUUUGUAUAAGAUUGUAUCAUGUAAAUUUUCAAGUGAUUCUUGCGCAGUUACAAAAUCAAAAGUUUAUGAAAAUCCUUUAGAAGCGGUUAAAGAUAUUAAAGAUGGAAGUAAACUAUUGGUGGGAGGAUUUGGUUUAUGCGGUAUUCCAGAAAAUUUAAUAGCCGCAUUAAGAAAACACACAGCAGGGAGUUAUACUGUUGUUUCAAACAAUGCGGGAGUUGAUGAUUUUGGUUUAGGUUUACUUUUAAAAGAUAAAAAGGUGAAACGGAUGAUAAGUUCUUAUGUAGGUGAAAACGCCGAAUUUGAACGUCAAUAUUUGUGUGGGGAAUUAGAAGUGGAAUUAACACCUCAAGGGACAUUAGCUGAAAGGAUAAGAGCUGGUGGUGCUGGUAUUCCAGCUUUUUUUACACCCACCGCUUUUGGUACUUUAAUUCAUGAAGGGGGGGCUCCUAUUAAAUAUGAUAAAAAUGGAAACGUUGAAAUAGCGAGUGAAAGGAGAUUAAAUCAGAUGUUUAAUGGGAAAAAUUAUAUUAUGGAAGAAGCCAUUACCGGGGAUUAUGCAUUAAUUAAAGCAUGGAAAGCCGAUAAAGCUGGGAAUUUAAUUUUUGCGAAAUCCGCGAGAAAUUUUAAUCCUACAAUGGCGCGUGCUGCUAAAAUCACAAUUGCGGAAGUAGAAGAAAUUGUGGAAAUUGGUGAAAUUUGCCCGGAUGAUGUUCAUCUACCUGGAAUAUAUGUCCAACGAAUUAUUAAAGGAGAGAAAUUUGAAAAAAGAAUCGAAAAAGUUACAGUUCAAAAAGUUCAAGAUAGUGUUACUUCAGUAGUGAAGAAAAAUCCUGCAGCUGUAACCCGCGAAAGAAUUUCAAGGAGAGUUGCUCUUGAAUUUAAGCACGGAAUGUAUGCUAAUUUGGGAAUUGGCAUCCCUAUGUUAUCCGCCAAUUACAUCCCAGAUGACGUUAAAGUUUACCUUCAAUCCGAAAAUGGUAUCCUUGGCCUUGGUCCUUUCCCUUAUCCAAAAGACGUAGAUCCCGAUCUUAUUAACGCAGGAAAACAAACUGUAACCGUUUUACCUGGUGCUUCUUAUUUUUCUAGCGACGAUAGUUUUGCAAUGAUUCGAGGUGGUCAUGUUGACUUGACGGUUUUAGGUGCAAUGGAGGUUUCUCAAUAUGGAGAUUUAGCAAACUGGAUGAUUCCGGGAAAAAUGGUUAAAGGAAUGGGAGGAGCAAUGGAUUUAGUCUCAUCUCCAGGCACAAAAGUCGUGGUUUGUAUGGAACAUUCAGCAAAAGAUGGAGCUCACAAAAUCUUAGAAAGCUGCACCUUGCCAUUAACAGGAAAAAAUUGUGUUAACACAAUAAUUACAGAAAAGGCUGUUUUCAAUGUUGACCCAGAAAAUGGGUUAACUCUUAUUGAAGUAGCUGAAGGUGUGCAAGUUGAAGAUAUCGUCGCUUCAACUGGUUGUACUUUCCAAGUUGCUCCAGAUUUGAAGCCAAUGGGUCAAGUGGCGGUUUGAGGUGUCGGGGCUUUUAUUAAUUAAGAUUAAAAUUGAUUUAUGUUUUUAUUAUAAAUAAAUCUAAAAAAAUUCAUUGCACUCCUA